UGUUGGGGUUGGGAGUUGAAUUAAAAUGAACUGCAUGGAUUGGGUUGCAAUUAAUCAGCGCAAGCUUUAUUUGCAUUCAGAAAUGCUAGAAAAAAUGCAUAAUAUUUAAUCCAUCAAACACUUGUAAUGUAUUUUUGAUAGUUACACAGUGUUAUGAGGUAAAUGUUAAGUAUAGGCCUGCCAUAUUUACCUGAUCAUGAUCAAUAUUUUUUAUAUAUCACUCAUGGUUAGGACACACAUGUAAAAAAAGGAUUGUCUUAUAUUUGAGUUUAGAAAUGACAUAAUGCUUAGUUUAAAAUCAGCUAUGGCAAUAGAACAGGAUGUAUAUAGCAACAUAGUAGAGAGUGGGGUAAGAUGAGCCAUUUUUCACUACAUCUAGGCAAUCAUAGUUUUGUCUCUAACGAGUGUAUCUGCAUAUAUUUCAAGAUGUUGUGCAUCCCUGCAAACCAACAGAAUUAGUGUAAAUAUAACUGUCUUGAUAAUACAGCAUGCAAAAAAAAAGUGGCUCCUGUGGACCAUAGGGAUAUGGCUCAACUUACCCCGCUCCAGGACCCCACGGCUCAAGUUACCCCGCUCCUAUGGUCAACUUACUCCAUACACGGGGUAAGUUUACCAUAGGAGACCACGUUUUUGGCAUGCUAUAUUAUCAAGACAGUUAUAUUUACACUCAUUCUGUUGAUUUGCAGGGAUGCACAACAUCUUGAAAUGCAUGCAGAUACACUAGUUAGAGACAAAAUUAUGAUUGCCAUGAUGUACUGAUCCAAAAUAUGAAAAAUGGCUAAUCGUUUUACUCCACUCUCCUCCAUACCGAAAUAGAAAGAUUAGGUGAGCUACCGUAUAGCACAGUUAAGCAGCAUGGAAUCAGAGGAGGGAGGGGGAUGCAGCGAAUCAGCGCAGAAAGCCCUGCAGAGCGCAGCCUGCUGUCACCUCCCCUCCGUCGAGCUGUCAGUUGACAGCGGCACACAUGAGCCUCAGUGCGGCAGACGGAGGUGACCACCCGUUGACUUCACGUCGACAAAACUGCACCUCGGCGUCUUAAUUCAAACGGGGCAAGGACAUAACAUGACAUUCCUGUCAUCUCUCCGGACUGACCAUAAACGCGUAGGAGGGCUGAGCCGCUAGCUGGAGAUAAUAGUUAGCUUACAGGCUAAGGGUAAAUAGCUGCUGAGCGGAGUCCAGUUCUGCUUUCUGCCGUCGGUUGGCUAACGUUUCUUAGCGGGCUAAUUUUAAUAACUGGUGUAAACGCAGCUUUAAAGGCUGUGUGUCAUUUGUGACGAGAUUUAACAUUUUCUUUAUUCUGUACGUGUAACAAUUUCACGAAAUUUAUCGUGGAUGUUUGCUCGCUAGCAAGCUACUCGGCUAUGCUAACGCCAGCUCAGUGAGGGCUCACAUCACAGGGGUGCGGAGAGCUCCACACUCGUCGAGGAAGGAAGAGAGGGGACUUAUGAUGUGGGCUGAGGGAAGCGGAGGACUGUUAGGCGAAGGAGACCAGCAGUAUUAGCUUUAAAAUAUUUAGUUUUUUUCCCAUUAGUCCUCGUCGUGGUUGGGCUAUAGUUUGAGCUAAGCUGUGUGGGACGUUGGAUGAAGAAAAGAAUUGGGACACUUUGAUUUGCGAGCUGGCUAGAUGAACAGUAUCGGUAUUACUGAGUCGUGAGCGGGCGGCCGCCGUGCCAGCUUCAAGGGGGGGAGAGAGACUUGUCAAGAUUAUCACUCAGACUGCAAUAAAAAGCCAGCUUGCUUCAACAUGGCUUCGGCGAGCAGCAUCGCCUCGGCUAUUGCGAGCAAGACGAAGACGAAGAAAAAGCACUUCGUGGCUCAGAAAGUGAAGCUCUUCCGUGCCAGCGACCCUCUGCUCAGCGUGCUGAUGUGGGGAGUCAACCAUUCGGUGAGUCACAUCAUCUAAUGUCCAUAAUGAUGAGCUACAGUUGUCUCCCUCGACCCUUUGUGACACAUUAAGCCUCGCUUGCUGUCAACCAUCAGCCUUUGUGGUAUUGUAGUUUGAUUGACAAAUACCAGAUGACAGCUGGCCAGCGGUGGGCUAUAGUGCUGUCAAUGCAUGUGUGUGCAUGUAGAUAGAAAUGUGCUGGACUCAGCAUACUCUUAGUUAUGAUUGCCUUAGCAAGGUUUUACAGUCGUAAUAUGCAUGAUGGUAAUGCUGCAUGAUUUUGCUUAAAUGUGUGUUUGAAAGAGCCCUUCUUUGGCUUCCUGUUGUGCACAUGUAGGAUAAGCUCCUCGGGCCCUGUGUCAUGAGAGAACAGAUCUUCCCAUGCAAGACAGCUUAUCUUUGCUCUCUGCUCUCUUUCUUUUCCUUUGCUGACUGUUUUCUCUGAUGUCAAGAGAGAAAGCAAACUAGCCAAUAGUCCAGCAAUAUUUGACCAAACUAUGAACCCUCUACUGCAUUUCAACAUAUAAAGAUAUAGUGAUUUAUCAUAUUCAACACAUUUUAGUACUUGUAUGAAAUCAUAAAAAAGCCUUUCCUUCAUUUUUCAAUAAUCACAAAGUGGUUCUUACUGUAAAGCCAUGCUUUUUUACUGAAUAUUUCAUCCAGUGUUUUGGAUUGAGCUCUCCCAAAUGUAAACAGAGGAGCUUUGCAGUAAGUAGAGCAGCAUUUAUUCCUAUCAUCUCUUCAUUCUCAUGGAAUAGCUUAUGGUUUCUAGGCUGACAAUAGUACAUUUAGUACAUUUAUUUAUAAGGAUUUUUAAUCAUUUGAUUGAGAUGUUUAGAGCUGCUCUGCUUUUUCACUCAUCACUGAUGUCUGUCUGGUUUUGUUGUGUGUGUGCCUGUGGUCAGGAUACUGUUAAGUUUGAAGUAAUAUAGCUCGAGUCAGGCAGUUGUUUCCAAAUUCCUCAUCAGGGACGUGAAUAUCUUGGACUGGUUCCUUAUCAGAUGUUAGCUGCCUGUUAAUAUUGGCUCGAUAUUUUGUGGUCCAUGGUGACGGAUCAGGGUUCUCGUCCCUCUGGAGGUGUGUGUCUGAAUCUCAGCACAGCCAUUCAAGAUUUUGAUUUGUAACAAUCUCCCAAAGAUUUAGGCAAACAACACUAAGUCACAUGUAACUUAAGAGCCAUGUGUGCUUUCUUUAACCCCUUAUAUACUUUGGAUAGAGCUGUUAAAUGAAAUCUGUAUUCAUGUGUGUUACAUAUGUUAUAUAGGAGACUUGAAAGUCUUUAAAGGGCAUUGCUGGCAGAGGCUGAGCAAGUGUACUCACCAGUCAUGAACUUCAAAUCUAAACUUUGUGAACACUACGGGUUUUUAAAAGAGAGAUGGGAAACUUACAGACUCUGAUGCAAUUUGCAAAGUGUGCUGUGCUGCUGUAAAACACACAGGCAGUAUGACUAUCUGGUGACUCACCUGAAGUGACGACAUAGUGUGACCAUGGCGGUAUUCACCAGUGCCCCAGAGCCCCCCUGGAAGGUAUUGCCACAGUUCCUGGCCAACAACUCCUCUAGUUCAAAGACAAUAAAUGAGGCUGUAGCUGUUUUUAUUUUUAAAGAUACCCAGUUUAAAUGUGUUUCCAUUUGUAAGCUGUAGUGAAAGACCGCUUUGUUUAACAUUAGUUUAUUUUUAUUUUCCAGAAAAUAGAAAUUGCUUUCUUCUGCUCUCCUGCCGCUGAAAAAGGUGUUAAGCCCACAGUUUUUUUGUAUUGUACUUCAUUAUUCUUGUGCAUCCUUAACUCUGCGUGCCAGGUGAAUUAUAAGUGUGCUUGGCUGUUCAAUUGAAAGACAGAGAAGACUCAAAAAGAGGAGAGUUUGUAAAACGUCUUGCGUACAUUAUUGAAUCACAUUGUAUGGCAUCAAAUCACACAGCGUUGUGAUUGGGGUGUGAAUUGUAUCACAUUGGUCGUCGCUGUUCACACUCUGACGGACUACUCCUUCUCAAUGUUCAUGCACUUUCACAGAUCAUCCUACAAUACACUGACAGGGUUUCCUUAACCACGCACAAUGAUACUGCUUCGUUGUGAAUUUUGCUUCUUUCCAAGCUGAUAGUGUUUCAUGUUGUUUCCAAAACUCACACUGCUCUUCAGAUUUUUUGAAAUUGUGAAGCACUUUGUAAGGCCUGUUUGCAAAAGGCGCUGUAUAAAUAAACUUUAUUGACUUAAUCACUCAUAACCACACUUCUUUUUGAAGUUGAAAGGAUGCUAAGUUUACCAAGAGUUAUACUAGCUUAACAUUGUUUUGAGGCAUGUGGUUUUGGACACAGUUAUAACUGUUAAACUACCAACAAUGUUUGCUUUUCAAGUUGACAUGAGCAUUUGAUUUUUGGGCCUUGUGUUGAGAACGGCAGUCUAGCGUGGAUUAAGCAGUCUCUAGAUAGCCUGAUGUAUGUGAGGCCAGGACAGCUAAAGAACCAAAGCUGUUAUUCUGCAUCUAAGCCGUAGUCUGUUGAUAGAUUACACUCACCUUAAGCCUGAGUGGGCAAAGUAAAGUGCGCUUGAGUUUUACCUCCAGUCAGGAUUAAUCUCUCACCCUUCAAAUGCAGCUGGUAAGGCAUUAAAAUGAAUAUUGAUACACUGCUUACACAGUUAAAUGGGUUUCAUUAUUUUGUUAUAAAAACUGAUGCAGUAGUGAUGCACCAUUUGUUUCAUACCUAACCAUAAUCUAAGCAGUCACUCCUCACCCAUCUACCGACCCUCACCUUGAACAGUCAAGCGUCAACAUUCUUUCAAGUGAUUUUUCCUUUGUGGGCUGUAUUGUUGUAUCAUCAGGUUUCUCUUAUGAUUUGCUUUAAUGGUUUAAGAGAGUGAAAAGUAAUCCACAGCCCCGAGCAGAAACCAAAAUCGAAACCUAAAAUCCAAACCUGAGCUCUGUGUGUUUGUUUGAACUUCAUAAUGAGUGGGAUGUCAGGAAAAACAUUGAUUAUUAAUUUUCAUUUCUAAUCCUGUCAGGGUGUCUAGUGAUUUAAAUAAUUAAUCGCAUUACACUGCUGUGCCUUGAUUGUAAAUGCAUAUGGGGCUCCUCCUGAUUGGAGGGAUGCACUUUGAAAUUCGAGCGUGAUAUUCAAUUAACUUAAAAUAAUUACAUUUAUUUCAUGCAUAAUUUCACCCAUCUACUAAAUUUGAAUGUUAAUGUUUGUGACCCGACUUGCCAGUUUUACAGAUGAACUGCAAUCCACGCAUCACUUUGAGACAAGAGUCAGCAUGCUCAAACACUUCUCUUGGAUUGCAUAACCGAAAGCAGGACUGCCGCCAGCACAUUUUCUUCUUCUGCCUUGGGCUACUUCUUCUGCGGUUCCUCUCAUCACUUGAUGAGGUUUCUGUUUCUGAUACCUCUGGCAACGUAGAAAUGGCAUUCCACGGCAGGUCACUCAGGCGAGUCACUUGAGUUAUAGCCCAGAUGGUGUGGAGGCUGCAGCAUGGUGAAGUGUUGUUAGAAAGGGACUUUACAUCAUGAAGUUUGCAAAAGUAACCUCAAUCUGUAAAUAACAGGACACUGGAAAAGGAGGGACUAAAGCAGAAGGUCUGAGAAUGCAAGCAGGCUGCAGAGAGGCAACAUGUGAACACUUGAAUACAUCCACAUGUUUUGUGUGACCCUCAACCCUCUUAUCCAUGCUUGCCUGUCACUCAGAAACAUCCACUUUGGCUUCUCCUAACAAGGACACUUUUUCUCUGGGAGCAUAAAAGUGAAGGAACUAGAACCAACUAAGUAUGUAGGAGAACCCUUCAACUAGCCUCUUUUAUUUAUUUGUUUGUUCAAGCAAAUUUCAUAUAUAAUGAACCACAUUAAAGCUAUGGUCUACGAUCUGAAAACCAGUUUGGCUGUUGAGACAGAUUUGAAAAACGCAGCCUGACCCCCCUUCACUCACCCCUCCCCUCCAUGUUCAAAGAUCACGCCCCCCCAGCUCAUGUCGCCUCCUAACAACACGCCCCCUCCCAUAGAGCAAGAAGCCGGCCGGCAGAAGAUAUCCAUAUAGCCAUUUCAAUUGUACCGGCGCAAUCAAAACCAUAUAUUAGCGGGGCGAAGCGGGUCUGGUGUCGCUACUGCCAGCCGGUCAGAGCAUAGCUAAUUGUGGGCCAGGCUUUACCUUUCUCGGUAUGUCUUCACCAGCUCAGUUUACAAUGCUAAAGAUGCGUGGCUAACUUAUGCUGAAAUCUAUCGACAGAGCCUACCCGUUCCGACCAACAACGUUCAGUCAUUCGCCAGUAUAGGCACAGACUAACCAGAGUUAUUCAGCAGACAUCUCCCACUGUAGUAAAGAAAGUAAUUUCUUGUUCAACAGAAAUUCGGCUGUCUCAGCGUCAGUCGAUUAUUAUGCCUUUUUGAAGCAGAUACACUGAAUGGAUUUUUUUGCCUUCUUUUUGAUCUUUAUAUUGUGUAGAUCGGACCGUAACAGCCUUAUAAAUGGUGUUAUUAGUAAGUACCAAGCUUCCAAAUGGUAGACCAUAGCUUUAAAUGUUAAGAUGCAUUCAAUUAAAUAAGACGUGUCAUCUGAAUCGUGUUUUUGCUCAGACAGCGCUAUUAGGUUUGAACUUUGUCUCCAUGGUAGAAAGUGUCUGACAGCGUGCUGAAAACAAAUGUCAUUCGCUGCCUCUUUUUCCUCUAAUCCUUCUUUGAAAUUUUUAUUUGAACUCCCCAGAGUCUGAUGGUUACUCCGCUCAUGCUUUUGGAAAAAUGGAUUGAGGCCAAAGCUAAAAAACGUUUAUGUCCAGUAGAAAUCGCAGUUAUAACCUCUAAAGCUUAGUAUGUGCAAGAGCUUAAAUAAACUAAAAUCUGCAAAACCACUCUCAAGACAUUUUCGAUAAAGAAUCACGUUUGUCUCUCAAGGAUGCGCCACCUCAAAAUUGUGUCUGUAAAUGUGUCUUUCCCUCUUCGUUUUGUGCCUGUGAAAGUAACCUUACGCCUCACUUACUCAGCUUGAGAGCAAUAACAACUCUUUGAUACUCAUUAUGUGCUAAUGUUAACUGAAGAGAAACCAUGUACAAAGAAAGCCUUCAAGCAGACAUUGUUCAGUGUGUUGCAGCUUGCAUUAUAGUGUAUAUAUUCCUCAUGAAAGCAGGGGCUCUAAAACACAAGUUUGAAAAAAUCCUGUGAAUUUGGCACCCUCAUACGUAAACCCUCUCGUCGUGUCUGUGGUGGUGUGAGUUUGAUGGAGCAGACUUCUCAGGAGAACAAAGCCUAUUGUUGGGUGUGUUGGCAUGGAUUUUGGUCAUUAUACUAUAGGAGGUAAUACCGGCUCCCAAGGUAAAUACUAUCUUCUUUACUCAUUCCAGAAAUGUGUCAAAGUCUGGUCCUAGCUCGAAACUUUACAAACGUGCUGCAUCCUGUGUGUGAGUUGUUUUUGGGAGUCUCUUUGGUGUCUGAUUACUUGUUAGGAGAAGAAGGUGCCCGAGUGUUCUUCUAUGACAACUUUUGAGUGGUUUUGUCACCAGCUUGACACCCACUCUGCAGUGUUGGAGGCCAGCAACUCCUAACCUGCUGUUGUAAGUUUUCUUCAAGUUAAAAGGAAAGAUUGAUGAGUUGCUGUUCUAAUUAUUUUGGUUGGUUUUGGUCAUUUUCGUCUUUAUAACAGGGUUACAGUAUUGUUUGUUGAAAGUAGAGCGCCAUUCAUGGGGCAUUUAAAGAAAAUUAGAGCCUAGAAAAGCAAAUGAAAGAUUUUCCUUGAAGAAGUUGGAGCAAAUCUUUGAAAUUUUGGUCUUUCCAUCGCUGUAGGACUGAGUUUUAUUUACUUUUGGUUUUGCCUCUUUCGAUACAUUAUUUAGUUGCUGCUUUUCUGCACAUCUGUCCACUAUUUUUGUUGUUACCCAUUUUAGGGUGACCCCGUCUGUCAGUCUGGCUCACCUUCUUUCCCCGACCCCUCUCUGUCUUUCUCUCUCUCUCUCUCUUUCCGUCACUGUGUCCGGCCUGUCUGUCUGACUCACAGUGGUUGUGUCUGGUUCUGUGGUUUGUAUUAGAGGAGGUUCUAUAAAUAUCUGCAGGAUUGACCUAUAGCUAAUAUGUUUGUUGGUUCUGGAUGGAGAAAAUGGAAGAGCUGGAGCUUCACAUCCCGGUACCCUGAGGCUAUAACAGAUAGAGGAACUUGUCUUUAGGUCCUUUGUGAGUCUCCUAAAAGCCUUUUAACAAGUUUUUUAUUUUUUUUGCCCUUCCCUGCAUGCAUGAAUGCAAAAGUUGAUGCACAAUGUUCCUUCUUCUUGCCAAAAUUCAAUGUGACAUGGUGCUGAGCAGCUUGAUUCAGCCGACAGGACAGGCAAUAUACUAUAAGCCUGUUUGUUGCUCAGUCCGUCUAAACCACUAUAUCCUUUAAUAGCUGGCCUUUCAUAGCCCUGACUUCACUGAUCAGACUACGUGUGUGUGUGUGUGUGUGUGUGUGUGUGUGUGUGUGUGUGUGUGUGUGUGUGUGUGUGUGUGUGUGUGUGUGUGUGCGCACCUGUGUAUGACAUCCAUAGUUUCUCUGUUCUGUUUUCACCUUCAUCAUGAGUCAUAUAGACUAUAGAUACAGACUUCUUGUAUUUUCUGUAUGUGACUAUAACUGCUUGAGUAUCUGUUUCUAUGUUGUGUUUGCUGUAAAAUUAAACUUCCCUCUCUAUCAGUAUGUCUAAAUCUAUUCAAAGACAUGGAAGUAAGUUCUCUUCUCUCCCUGUGUGUGUGACUGACACUGACUUCAACAGAAGCUUUUGUUGUCUGAUGCGAAUGCAGACGUUCCACUGUUCCACAGAUCAAUACAAUAAGCUUUUAAUUGCGCUGCAGGUGUCCGGCUCAGGUGGUUGUUGGCAUUUGUCCAAGGCCUCAUGUGCUCCCUGUGUCUUUGUCUCGCUCUCGCACACACACUAAGAUGCGUCCGUAAGUAGCAGACAGUCCUUUUACCUUACCGUUGCUCCACUUCUGGCAACAGAGUGUCCUCAUUAUGACUGACCUCUGAGUGCCGUGGUUGUGAGCAGAGGGACUAAUGGGAGUAUGAGCUACCUCUGAUACUAUAGUUGUAAUAUUGGUGCACUGAAAUAGGUUACAAACAAGCAGCCUGACUUUAUCAUAUAAGCUUUAUUAUAAUACAUUUUGGAUCCUUGGAUAAGCAGAACUCAUUCUCUUGUUGAAUUGGCUCCUGUUUUAAAGGUUCGUGGAAUCAUAACAGUCAACUAAUGAUGUAAUUUCCUUUUUAAUGAAAGGUCAGGCCCACACAAUCUGCUGCAGCUCCUGUAUAUGUGACCUUUAAUGCACAAUAACGGGGAGUUUCCUGUGUAACUUGGUGUAUCUAUAGAGUAUAUGAGUAUAGUAAUCUGUCAUCCAUCAGCAUAUACCAGCAUUUUAAUUGGAUUAGAACUGAUGGUUUAUUUUUGUCUCUUUGUACCAAAAGUGUUAAACAGUGCUCUGGCGAACAUGUGUGUUCCUUGGGGAACAUUUUGUGUUCAUUGAUGAGAGUUGUUUGUGCUACACAUCUGCACUGAAACAGCUGUGCUGCAAAUCCACAUCCCCUUCAACUGUAUUUACACCUCAGCAUAUUGGUUAAUGGUGCUAUCAGUCGGUCUUGAUUACACUUUAAUUAGAGCCACUUGGACCCAAAUGUCUUGUGAAGAAUGGGCAUUAGAGGAAAUGUAUGUCAACAUGCCAUCUUGGGAGAAAAACAGCUGCUUUUUCAGAGCACGUCUCAUUUCCUUCACAUGUCUGACAGCUUGACAGUAAGUUAUUGGCUGUCAGAUGACUUCAGUGGAAACAUAAAAAACCGUUGCUGUUCUCUCCGUACGUUUCCUCUCGUUCUCUUUUUACAAGUUUGCUCAAACUUUCCGUAUCUUGAUCUGUUUUAUUUAACUAUUAGGACAUGUUUUUCAUGAUACUUAGGGCGGGUUCACACCACCCUCGUUUAGUCCGGUUGAAGUACUUGAUGCGGUUCGUUUGGGUCGGUGUGAAUGCUGACCUCGAACUCUGGUGCUGAUCGAAUAAACGAACUCUGGUCCGCCUGAAGAGGUGGUCUCUGACCGCUAUCAAGUGAACUCUAGAGCGGUUCAUUUCUGGUGUGAAUGUCAUCCACACCAAUCACAGGUCUCACUCACAUCCUGCCACCACUGACAGGUUCGCGGUUGAACCCACAGGCUUCUGUGGCAAGGGAGAAAGGAAUUUUAAAUAUCGAAAACAAUACAUCUAGGCUAUUUGUAAUGCAUAAACUAAUGACAAAUAACCGAACAAUAUUUGUGGUCACGUGACUUCUGGUUCUGUUUCCUGGAGCGAUUGAGUUUGUCCUUUGUGAACGCAAACCAAACCAGUUAAACAAUCAAAACAAAUGUAUCGUCUUGCCUUGGAUUCGAAUCAUGAAACGGACCUUUAGGUGUGAACAGGACCUUAGAGUACUUAGAAUACUUUCUCUAAGUUGAUGAAUAUAUCAUGUUGUAUUUUACAAUGGUGUUAUGAAAUAGUCUUGGACAGGCAAGUCUUCAUGAUGAUCAGCAAAAGGUUCAAGAAAAGACAUGACGUGUCAUAGAGGUAGCAAUAAAAAUAUUACUGGAGCUGGAAGAUCUAAUUGGAGUUUGCAAACAGGCCAUUAGGAAACUAUUCCACUGUGAAGAGCCAACAAUUCAAGAUUUUACUGUGUGGAAAUAAGUAGAAGAGGACCAGGUUGAGUAAUACAUGUUUUUAAGAACAGAUGCAGAUUAUUAGUCGAUCAUGAGACUAAAACUGAUAUGAGUUUAAAGUAAAGUUGUAACAAUCCUACUCCUGUCAGCUGUCAAGAGUAUGCCGCCUCACUGCCAUUGUUCAGAAAGAUAAGGGUUAUGCCAUGCUGCUGACAGAGCAUACUCUCUUCACCAACUUCCUGUCCAAUGGAGAAACAGCGCACACUUGCUUCACUGUGGGCCGGAAAACCAGUUCUUGUAACCAUAGAGACAAACAGGAAGUGGUGGUGUGAAAUUUGUCUGCAAAUUUGAUAGCUGCAUGAUGAUAAGUAGAUUUUGCUGCAGGCGCCUGAUAAAACAGAACACAAGUGCAACACUACUCUCAAGAGAGAAGUCCUGACACAGGCCAGAUAAAACAGGAGUACCACAUGUGUUUUUAAGUGUUUGUUAGUUACCGUUAGAGGGUGAAGUCGAUAUGCUGUAUUAGCUGCACCUCCAUGCAAAACAAAAACAUUUGGCACCAUGACAUGAUGAGAAAUCAAUGUUGUGCUUAGGCCUCAAACUGCAAAAUGGUGCAUUAAGAGUGACUGCCAAAAGCUUGAUUCAAAGUCUACCAAGAGUCACGCACAUGCCAUGCUUAAAGUUUUUAAGUUGCAUGAAUUUGAUAACAAAUCUGGAGUAGUGCUGGACGAUAAUUCGAUAACAAUAUAUAUCGAUCGAUAGACGUGUGGUGCGAUAGAAAAAAAACGGGUCGAUAAAAAGUUCGAUAGAAAAACACAGUUUCCCUUUCUUUUUCAUCAUAGCCAAUCAUGUAGCUUUUACUACAGUCAUUACUUCCUCCCAACCAAUCACAAACGCAGACCCAGGUACGCUACGGCACCAAGCCCAGCCCCUCUCAAACCACAACAGACAGCACGUGUAUGAGAAAAAAUGAUACAGCAAGGAGAAGCGGAGGAAAUUGUCCCGAAAAAAGGUUUCAGUAGUUCACCAGCAUGGCAAUGUUUUGGUUUUUAGAAGUCUGACAAAAAGCGAACAGCGGUCGUUUGCAAAAUUUGCAGAGAAUUAGUAAAAACCAAGUCUGGUAACACAACCAACUUGUUUUACCAUCUAAACCGAUCGCACCCGCAGGAGUACGAGCUGUGUCGGCCGCGCCGCGGCUCCACGUCGUCGUCGGAGGAGGAAUCCUCUGGAGCCGCUGCCAGCACCAGCACAAAGCAUGUGAAGCAGACCAAACUGGACUUUGUUUCUCUCCAAAAAUACGACAAAGCGUCCAAGCGGCAUAAGGACAUCACCCAUGCAGUAACAUGCUCCAUAGCGAGGGACAUACUGCCAAUAACUACCGUUGAAAAGCCUGGCUUCGACCAGCUUCUAGCCACUCUCGACCCGCGAUAUGAAGUGCCCGGCCGCAAGUAUUUCUCAAACACAGCGCUUCAGGCAUGAAAAUGGGUCAGGGGUUGAGAAGGUGAGAAGGGUGCGGAGGAAAUACGUUCCGGUGUUGUACCGUAGAAUGCACCCCUGCAUCCCGUCCACUCAUUAGCUUCUUAAAGUGGAAGAAAAUGAGCUCAUAUUUUACAAAGACGCGAGUAUUUGGAUCAUGGCUACUAGCAGGGGGUGCAUUCGGCAGGGGUGCAUUCUACGACACAACACCGGCGUGGAUAAGUCCUGCUUCUCGUGCUUAGUUUGUGUAUUAAGUCAAUCACAUGAUAAUUAAAAAAAAUAAAUCUCCCGACCCCGGGAGAAAUAUUUCAGUGUUCAGACACCAGGCUGUGGGCAGUUUCCCACACAGUUAAAACUGGUAGUAUGCUAUUCCCACCUAAAGCUAUUCUGUUUAUUUAUAUUAUAUAUUAUAUAUAUUUGUUUGUUUUGUUUAUUUUCAUCAAAAGACUAUUUAAAUAUUUAUUUAUCAGAUUUUCUGGUCACUUUAGUCUUUAUGUUUGUCAGUAUUUACUGACGUCACUCAGGCCACUUAAGUUGAUUUCUUUUUUUUUUAGUUCUUUUUUAAAAAACUUUCAGUUGUGGUAAAAUAAAAAAGGUGGUUGAAUAAAGGUUUGAAUUUGAAUUCAGUGCUUGUGUGUUCUUUAUUAAAAGUAGGUCAUUAAGCAAUAGCAAAAAACAUCCAGGGCUGCAAUUAAAAUAUAUGUUAAAUAAUUAUAAUAAUUAUAUCAAUAAUUAUCGAUAUCGAUCAAUAUGAUUUAUUUUUUAUCGAUAUGCUUUUUUUCUAUAUCGUCCAGGCCUAAUCUGGAGUGUUUCUGCUAAAACAGUGAGAACUUGCAGAAGAAAGGUUUGGGUUUAUAUCAGCCUGAUGACAGUUUUACUACCAAACCUCCUGUAGUCCUUUUUUUGAUGUGGAUGUAUAUACGUCUAGGCUUUUCUUAAUGACUUGCAUUAACAUUCAGCACACUUGUGUCCCCCCCAGAAGGGUAUGAGGCCUUCGUAAGAUCAGGCAUUGUUUUUGCCCUUGUGUGAAAAACAGAGCCUUGUUGAUGAGGCGACAUCUCCCCGCUGAGUACCCAGAAUGCAUUUGUGCUACAGCAUCACUGUGACGUCUGUGCCUAUCACACCAGGGCACUGAAAUAUACUCAGAUAUGGCAUCUGUGGACUUGGAUCCCUCCUGCUCUGUCUCUGUAAUACCCCCCUUUCCAUAUUUUGUCUCAUGCUUUCUUCUGUUUUCAAACACUCUUUCCCUUUUCCCGGUGAUUUUUUUCCUCUCGGUCUUAUUCUCAAAGGUUUCUCUCCUAAAAAUAAUUCCUGUUAACGAUGCUCACAGAUUCUCUGUUCUUGUGCUCCAUUUCUUUUCCUUUUCUCAAAAAGAUUACAAUAAUCCUGGAAGGUAUUUAAAGUGCAUGGAUAUUCAGGUUAAAUUCUAACCUUUACCUCAAGUGAAACGACACUGAAAGGCGCUGUACGAAGUGAACAGCUGUUUCUGUGCUUAGUUUUUGCAUGUAUGCCGAGGUACUUAAUGGGAAAGUCAGACUCGUGUACAGAGGCGGGCUUCUGCCCAUCAAUGGACAAGCAUGUGCAGACUUAAGCUUUAAGAUUUGUUUCCCAUUUGACCAGUCAACCCAGCGGGUCAGAUUUUUGUCAUUCUUGUUGCUUUAUGUAUGUUCUCAUGAGUCCUUAUAACAAACAGACUGAAACAAUUAAAUGUAAGCUUCUUUACUCUAAGUUUUACUCCAGUCUACUUUUAAGAAGUCAGAGGAGAAAUUUCAGCCAACAACAGACUAACAAGUUUAACAUGAUCCUGUUUUGAGAUUUAAGUGGGUUCAAUUGUAGGCUGUAAAUGUUGCCAGUUUUGAAAUUAUUUUCUUCAUCUCCAUAGUUGUGAACAUCUUAUAUGCAAAAAAGUACAUAGAUCACAAGUAGGGCCCGACCAAUUUAUUGUCGAGACGAGUAAAACGGCCAAUUUUAGUCCAUUUGAGACUAAUCAGUAAUCGGCCAAAACUCGCCGAAUUUUCGACGAUAUUUUCGACGAUAUUUUCAGAAAUAAAAUGCGGAGAAUAUGAUUCGGUUUCACUUUGAAAACGUUCCGCCAUUUGAAAAGUUCCCCGACUUAUCCUGUAGAUGGCGCAGCGACCUCAUGACAAUCUUCAUCCACUAACUACCUCACAGCACAGCAGAGUGACGCAUCUGAAGCAGGCAGCUCAGGGACGCACGGAGGAGAGUGGUCCGCCUCAACGGUAAAUAAACCAGUUUGUGAAGUAGACAAUAAGUCAACAAGUUUCAGUUCAACCCACUUCACGAUGUUCCCCGCUGUGCUGGUCUCGGUCACGCAGAGUUAACGGUGAAGUACCAUGUAAUACGCAAGCUAAAGUUUGAGUUAGCCAUCUGCUAUUAGCCUUGCUGCACUGUUAGCCGUGCCAGUAAUGGUAGAAUAAACAACAGUACACAUUACGUGAUCGAGCUACUUCUCUAACUGGGGCAGCUGCAUGUCUCCAGAUGAGACCGGACCGGAAAUGGGUAUCAUGAGUUAAGACGUGGAGGCACCGAUCGGCGGCGGCCGAGUUGAAAACACUUUUCUGGUCCGAGUUUGAUCAGUCGGUCUUCAGUUGGCGUGAGGAGCAGUAGCCUACUGUAUAUCUACCGUAUAUAGUAUACUGUAGAUAUCUACAGUAUAUAUUUAUUUUUUACUACUUCAUGAAAAAUUUAAAAAUCGUUUAAUCGGUAAUCAGAUUUUUUCCCCCCCUAAUAAUCGGUAUCGGCAUCGGCCCCAAAAAAUCCAUAUGUUCGGGCCCUAAUCACAAGAAUAAAAAGCAAGACAGCUUCCAUAACACACUAAACCAAUGGGAAUUUGGACUAGAGGACACAAGGGACAGUGUUCAUGUCUUGUCCUGUUGACACCUUGUUUUAACGUGCACCCUGAACAUGAACAGAUCCUUGAAUAGCUCUCUGUGCCAACUGUGUCUCCACAUGUGUGACCACCAGUUGUCUUCCUCGUUUAAUAUGUAAAUGACCUUUACCCAAAGGCCUCCUCAUCAGCUCUUAUCAAAUAUCUUGUAGAUUUAGAAAUGAUAAGGAUGUGCAGUUUUCUAUUAAGUCUUAUUCCACCCUGGAGGUGUGGUUCAUCUGUGAAGUGUAUAAACUCAAGUGUCUUCUGAAGUGGGGAUGUAGGGGUAGACCGACUGAUUUCCCUGCCUUUUAAACCAAAAUCUAGAUUGCAACAAGCUGAUUUGUCUAAAGGUAAUAAAACGAUCAUAAAACAGUUGAGCACAAUGUAUUUAAAACAGCUAAAUGUGUGAUUACAGAGUCUGGGGGUAACAGGUUUGCCGAGUGUGGUUAACACUAGGAAAGCUAAAUCUUCUUAGUAACCACAUGUCUGUGCUGGUAACACACUGCUCUGGUUGGGUGGUUACAUGCCAGUUUAAUCAGACACAGCCUACGAACAUUUUCAUCCCAUUUUCUAGAUCAAAAAAGGAGCAAACUGCACAAAGAUGGAGCUAAAAGAUGCCAUCUUCUAUCUGUGCUUGUUUAGUGGAGCAUGAACGGACUAAAAACUCUAAUGUGGACUAGCGAGGGUAACAAUGUUGAAGCAUUAUUCAACUAAAUGUGCACAUCCAACCAGAUGUCUGUACACGGGUCUCAGUUAAUAGUGAAAAGACAGGAUUCAGCACACUUGUCAUCAUGAGGACAUGUUUUGUUUCCUCACCAGGCUGCAGUAUUAUGAACCAUGAUGCGUCACAUCUCUCCACUUAUUUCAGAAACAGUCUUGCCUGCUUUCAGCGACUGUACCUCAUAGUCCCAUUUUGAGGACAAAAAUCACCGUCCUUUCAUAUUUCAUUUAGAUCCUCCUCUAAUGCAUAUAGCACAUUUGCUCAAAGCUAGCCAUGGCUGGAAAAAGAGUAGAACCAAAGAAACCCAAGGAUACACAGAAGAGGGUUUUAAAUUCAAAAACAUAUAACAUUAAAUCAGACCCUGGACUCAGAGAUGGAGUUGUCCUCCAAUCGGCCACAGACCACCUGCCUGAGCGAUCCGCCGUCAGUUCUUCCUCGAAGCAUCUCGGGUGUAUUAACACGUAUUCUACUUAUGAUGGGAUCACUCAGGACACGGGUUAAUACCGGGCGUAACAAGUCCCAUGCCAGAGCUUUUAACCUUCAUAAGACUGUGUUACAGGCUAUUUGCCAGUCCUCAAUGUGAAUACUCUUGGUCUAAAUACAGCAAUUGGGCCACAGGAAUAGAUGAAUUUGAGAGGCUGUAGGAUAAAGUAGAUACUCUUGAGGUCAACCUGCUAAUCAUAAUCAGUCCUUCGGCUUAAGCUGUCUGUAGCCAACUUAAAGUCUUUAUCAUGCGGAGUAUUGAUCUCCGUCUGCGGCAAAACCGUCAGCAUGAACACCGUGAGUAUGUUUAAGGCAUGGGAUCUUAAAAGGACGCUUAUUUAUGGCCACCUGAAGUAUGCCAGAUGCUUCUAUGGGUCGGUCAGUCAUGCUAAAGCCUUUAUCCACACCAUCUGUUGUAAUACUCCCGCAGCAUCUCAGGGCCAUAGUCAAUCCCCAAUGGUAAAAAAAAAGAAAUACUCCUCUAGGCAGCUGCUGGAAUUGUGAUCUGACACCACCUCUUGUAUGGCUGCAUAAUCCUUGCUGUGAGCAAUGUUCAGAGCUUCAAGUACAAUUGGCAAAAACACCACACACACACACACACACACAUACACAUGUUCUAUGAUUAAUGUUGUAGUCAAUCAGAGUUGGAGCGUUUGAGUUUCUUCAGUGCACCUACAUUACAAGUGUGCCUGGUGGGACGACAGGUUAUUAAUAGAUUCGAGCGAGCUGCCAGCACCCCUGCCAGCAUCCAACAACAAGAAGGCGAGCUCACACGCACGAUCACACACACGCACACACACACACAUCAUAUUUGUGUCAAGCUGUGUCUGAGUCAUAACAAAUGUCAGGUCUAUGUAUUACAGCGAUGUGAUGCGUGGCCAGCUCCAAAUGGAAAUUCCUGCAAUAUCCUUUUGUGUAAGAAUCCCUCUGUUUAUUCAGCCUACAAGAGUUCAAUAUGCUUUUAUCUGUUACGUGUGUGUUUACUGGUUUGUUUGACUAUUACGACCAUUAACAUGCGGUCAAUUAAGCCGUCUCUCUUUCUGACAUACUCACUAUAUCGGUCCUUUUCUCAGCUGUUCUUCUAAAUGCGUCUUUCACCUUCAGUUAUCCUUCAGCUCUGCAGGACAAAUCAAACGUAGAAAAAAAAAAAAGCUAAUCUGCAAUUUGAUCGCAUCGGCAAGUGUUGAAUGCCAAAAUCAGUAUUGAUUGAAAGCCUAGACUUGAGCACUUGACCUGAAUCAUAUAUUAGCUCAAUAAUCUGUAUUGCACAUUCAUUGUCGAACCAAUCAUGGUUGUUAAAUAUCUAUGACAAUGCUGAAGAAGUGUUUGAACCUGUUAUAUCCCACUAUAAAAGGGUUAUGUGGUCAUGUCUGCACCCUGUAACACUGACUAUCUUUUCACAUGCAGGAUUUAGUCAUGUGAACGUCCAUGUGAAGUAGUGUGAAAGCUGCUCUUUGUAGCACUCGUCACAAAGAUGCACUUUAGUGACUUGGGUGAUAUUGCGUUGUGAAAAGGUUACACAGGGUGAGAUGUGAAGUUCACAGCUGGUGUAUGGUUGAAUUUCUGCAGAGGUCUUGUUUGACACUAUUUAGCGGCUUUGGUGACAUUUCAUAGUAAAAAAAAAACUGAUGUGAUGAGGAAAUGUUCUGCUGUUUUUCCAUUCUCACCUUUUUUGCUCUUCACAAAAGUUUAUUUUCUUUCACUGUAAAUCCCACACUAUGUCUUUAAUAUGAUCAGGGUGACUAUAUAUUCACCCGAACUGUUACACGUUGCAUGUAUGAUAAAAAAUAUGAUAUUACUGUCAUGUUUUCUUCUUAUAUCUAAGGACUUCUCUGAUCUUGCAGCUUCCUAACAGAGUUCGCUCCUCUUCUUUGUUUUUUUUCUUCACAGAUAAACGAGUUAAGCCAUGUUCAGAUUCCCAUCAUGCUCAUGCCAGACGACUUUAAGGCCUACUCAAAGAUCAAAGUGGACAACCACCUCUUCAACAAGUAAGGCCUUUUAAAGUAGUAUCUAGUAUACAAUCUUCACUUCUUUGAUUCAUUUUGCAGCAUUUACAGUACAUGGUCUCUUGUGUCUGCUGUUUGUUCUCUACAGGGAGAAUAUGCCCAGCCAUUUCAAGUUCAAGGAGUACUGCCCCCUUGUGUUUAGAAACCUCAGAGAGAGGUUUGGCAUCGAUGACCUGGAUUUUUUGGUAUGAAAAGCAAUGUCACAAAUGCAUCUGGGUCAAAUAUCUAUCAGUAUUUCUCGUGUCUCCUUCUUGGGGCUAAAUUUAUAUGAGUAUCCAUUUUUGAAGGAGCUUAGUGACUUAUAGAUUACACAUUCUGCUGAAAUGCACGAAUCAACAAAAACAUCUGGUGCUAUAUCUGCGGCUAACUACUGCAAUGAGCAAAUUAAAAUCAUGCAACACUUGAGCGAGUUAGCUGUUGCUCUACUGCUUUUUUAUUUUCCUCCUUUUGUCUCAGCCCCCUCUCUGCGUCUCUUCCUUUAUUUUCCACUCUUCCUCUGUAAAUCCCUCAUCCCAGUGCAGGCCAUGAGUUGGCAGUAUUUAGAGGUCAGUGUGUCCCAGCUCACUGCAGCUGUCCUUCUCACAUGUUUACAUUAGGGUUCGGCUGGCUGCAGUGAGUGGGCAGUCGGGGGGUGUUCAGGCACCGGCCAGUGAAAAGGAAUGUUGUUACAUUCUCAACAUUAGGCUACUUUCCUACACGAGGCACCAGUCUCACAGUGGUCAAAGAGGUUAACUGUUUUUGAACAUCAGUGUUUUUCCUUGCUUCAGAACCAGCCUGUUGGCUUUGUUUCUAAUUACAUUGGUAAUAAUCCUCAUCAGAGCCAGUGGGUCCCACCAGCUGCGGCGCUGCUCUUUUGAUGACAUGCUGCAGUAACCAUUAGUUUUAAUGAGCAAUGUCGGCUAUAUCAGAUUAAAUUGGGGAUGGUAACUGAAGUGCAGAUUAACCUUUUUUCCACACAUCGUGAUGAAUACGUUGUGGAAAAACUGACUUAACUUCAACAAAAACAUGAAAACUUUGAAAGCUUUCAUCAAAGACAGCCUCGGGCAAAGGGCCUCUUAAACAUUUUCAGCCUCUGACACACACCACUUUAAUGUAACACCAGGACCUAGACUGAAAGGAGGCCACUGAAAGUCCUCGCUCUUUAGCAAACCACAAAAAAAAAAGAAAAGAAAAAAUACUGCAACCAAUUUCAGAUCUAAACACAAGAAAGACGCGCUGCUUAACAGUUGUUCUUAGCAGCCACUUAAAAGUCAGUCCUCACUUUGUGAUAGCAUCAGUAGAUGCUCUGAGCUGAAGAGCAGUCAGGGGACUGAGGGCACAGGACAGGAGGAAUUCUUGGAGAAUGAGGCAUUAAGCCAGGGGUGUUGGAUCAUGUUACUUUGGAGCUCUGAAGUCUGGGCAGCAGCUGUUUGUGUCUGUGCGUAGGUUUGGACAGGCAGCAGGCAUGGGGGUCAGAACCCCACAUGUUUAGACUGGAGAGUAGGAGGUGGUCACACAACAAGAAGAUAGAGGAAGGAAUCCUGUAAUGUGGAGACCAUUAAGGAACAUCAGAGGAACAACUGUAUCAGAGUUUCAACCAAGUGAUGAAAUUUGGUUUCAGCACCAGCAAUUGCCACUGUGAUGUCAGGAUAAAAAGUGACUCAUAGUCAAAUAAACAGAGCGACUAAUGUUUUCUGCUUUUAAACAGACAAACCCUUAAAAGAAGAAAGUUUACUUUAGAUUUUAAAUUGCACACUUUAGAUCUCGAGGUCUGGAUUUUUGUGUGCAGUGCGAAAUGACAACCAAGCAUCUUGAUAUAAAUAGGAAAUUUGGCAUUUGUGUAUAUCUACUUUCACGUGCCUUUGGUAAAACUUAAGAACUAAUAACUAGAAGUUUCUUGGCUCUUUGAGCUCGCUGUUCACAUCUCAAUUAAAAAUGUUUUUUUUAUUUUUGUCCUUGCUUUGUGUUUUCAGAACUCUUUGACACGCAGUGCUCCUUUGAACAGUGAGGCCCAGGGGCGCAGCGGGGCUCGCUUCCACACCUCCUGCGACAAACGCUACGUCAUCAAGACCAUCAGCAGCGAGGAUGUGGCCGAGAUGCACAACAUUCUGAAGAAAUACCACCAGGUGUCAACAGUUUAUGACAUCUCUAGAUACAAGAUAGGCGUUUUUCAACUCUGGGACCUUUUUUUCAGCUUAAUUAGCUCAAAACCAGUUUUUUUUUUCUGCAGAAACACAUGUAAAAUCAAAAGACCAAUCCCAACCCUUUUUUUUCCUACUUGCUCAGCAUAAACUUUGCAUUUCCCCAUCUUAAGCUCUACUUGUUAUUUAGGGUGAGAGUGCUAUCAGGUUGCAAAUUCAUACAUUGUGCAAUGUUCAAGCUCUUUGUUUUGAUUCUCGGGUUAAUGCUGUGUUUUAGAAACCCACCCUUCCCUUUUCUUUCAAGUCCCCUUUCUAGCAGCGUCAGUUAACAUACAUUGUGUCUAUUAAAGGGACAUAUAAUUGAUAUCCCUCGCUCUCUUUUUUUGAUAGUUCAUUGUUGAGUGCCACGGGAACACGCUGCUGCCCCAGUUUCUGGGCAUGUACCGGCUCACCGUGGAUGGAGAUGAGACCUAUAUGAUUGUUACACGCAAUGUCUUCUCUCAUCGCCUCUCUGUCUACAAAAAAUAUGAUCUCAAGGUAAGAAAAGGGGAUCUGAAAGGACUGGAGCAUUACAGGAAAUAUACACUGUUUAUCUGUGAACUGAACAAAAUGUAUCUCACACUUUCAACGCCAAGAAAGAGCCUUACUUGUUGUUGAAAUUUUUCGCAAAUAAUAUGUACCAGUGCAAAAAAUAAUCAGGUGUUGAUACACCCGAAGAUGGUAAACGAAGGCUGGGUUUGACAUAUCAGGCAUUAUCCAUUGAGUAAUAAGCUGUUUAAUCUGUGUGCUUCCCUUGCCUAAUAGGGUGAGCUCUUGUGUUCAGGCAUGCAUAGGCGUAAUAAGUAUCUGUAGGAAUUAGUAUUUGUAGGAACACUUGAGUGUUUUUUAGUAACAGCAGAGUUAUGGAGAGUGAUUUCCUGUUUUUAUGUCUCCAGGGUUCUACUGUGGCAAGAGAGGCCAGCGACAAGGAGAAGGUACAGUCACCUUUAAUGAGAAAAGAUCAGCUGUUAAACAUACCAACACAGCUUCAAGUUUAAUACCGGCAGGACUUGUUAACCUUUAUUGUGCCCUGUAAAGACACUGUAAAAGUAACAACAUAAACUCUGUGCACCAGCGAAUCAAAAGCGAAUUGUAUCAAAGGAUGUUUCGCCCUUAAAACUGCAUCAGAAGAAAGCAGUUGACACCACUACAGAAUAUUUAAGGUGCUUAAAUUAAUCUUUUUAUAUCAAUGUGUUACAGCUUAAUCAGUCCCUCCUACAACACAUGGAUAUUCCUUUGUUUCCCUACUGAGAAAUAGAGGAAUAUCUGUGUCUCCAUAUCAAAAGAAAACAGUCGACAUCAUUGGUUCAUACUUUAUUAUGGUGUUAUCUUUCCCCAUCGCUUUCUAAAACACUAUUUUUAUCUGCUGAACAUGCGGCCAUCCUUUCAGCACAUCAGAAACUGCAUUGCUCAAAGGACAGCUGGUUCUGUGACAGUGGAGGUCAGAGUCGGUGUGGAUUGAACAGAUGGACACUUGUAUGGCACUUGCGCGCCACUCAGGUCUCGAAUCUGGAGUCAGUUUGAUUUUAAAGACACGGAUCCUUAAAAAGUAUUCAGAAACUUAGAACUUUUCAGCAAAAACAAAUAGAGAAAUACUUCGAAACCUGAGAUUAUUUUUCCUUCAAGAUAUUUGAACACUGCACUGAAAUAAUUACAUUAUUCUCUGUUAAAAGCCACACGGACAGUCGCACAAAGGGAGGAAAACAAACAGUGUUUCCGUUGGUUUUAAUGACUGAAAGUUUCAAACAAUUUUAGGUUUACUGUCAUCACCCCAAACGCCUAACAAACACGACUUCCUUUUCUCUCCCUUUGGGUGAGGAUGACAGUAACACAUAUCCAUCUCCUUCACUUAGCACCUACUUCAUCACCCCAUUCCCCUUCCCGUCCCUGCACGCCCUUUGUGUCUCUUUAAUUUGCUUCAUCCCCUCUAACCUCGCUUCUGCUGUUCCACCAGUCCCCCCCCUGCUUUCUGUCUGUGUGUGGAAGACUGAGUGUGUGUGUGUGUGUGUGUGUUUGUGCGGAGUCGGGGUAUGUGUUGGGUUUUGAGUUUUCUUCAGUCAGAUGUGUCAUGAUUUUGAGAAGUCCUUUGUUUGGUGUUUUUCUGUGCAGCUGUGUGUGUGUCUGACUGGCCGUUGUGUGUUUCAGCAGUAUUGUUUGACAGUGCUGGAAGUGUUGCUGCUUAUGUGGGUUUGGCUAUUUCGGCUCUUGGCUGCUUUGACAGUCACCUGUCAUACAUGAAGAGUGUCAGUGACGUUGUAAAGGACCUGACGGCCUAACCUUCUACUUGUAUGAGCUAACAGUUAAAGACAGGUGUAUGACCAAUUAUUAACAGUGUAUCUUAUAUAUUCUGAAAGCUUUGACCUAUAGGUGAUGGAAAUCGCUGACAGCGUCCUUGAACACAGUGACUUUAGAGCACCGUGGGUUUUGACCUGACAGCUCAGCAGAAUUGGAAGGGGACGGUCAUCCGAAGUGAUUUUCAUUCAUUGCAUGUCUCCACACGUUGCUCAAAAGUUUGUCUGACCGUGAAACAAAGAGAGAGAGAGAGUGCCACAGUUUUGACCCUGCAGGGUUUGAACUUUCCACUGGGAUUUACAGGAGCUUACUGGUGGGGCACCAUGCAGUGAGGCAUGGUAGAUCUCAGGGAAUCCCCAAACUAAAUAUAGUCUUCUGUAAAUGGAAGAAGAAACAAAACGGUAUUGGGGUUAAAACAGAUGGGUGGGAAAAAAUAGCAUUGGAGGAUUUAACACACACACGUGAGCCUGCUGUGUGACCUCUUUUUGUCCACAGCUCGGCUGUGUGUGUGUGUGUGUUUAAGAGAGAGAGAGAGAGAGACACCAUUUUCAGUCUAGCAAUAGAGAUUAAAAAUGCUCUAUUUUGGUCAGGCUAACAUGGAUAAAUAUGUCACUUUACAACAUCGACCAACAUCAGCUCUAAUCUGAGGAAUCAUCAAAAGUGUUGUUGUUGGUCUCUGAGUGAAUUUCUUAUUUGACAAAGUAAACCUCUGAUGAUAGCUGAAGCCAGUCAGGUUGAUCAUCAUCAUCACACAGGAACUUUUUAGUGUGUGCUCACUUUCAUACCCAGGUUAGAGCAGGCUCAUUUGCAGCUAAGACUGAAACGUUAAAGAGAAGGUGCUGCUGCUCUCUCAACAUGAAACACCAUGUUUAUUCACACUUACUCACACACACACACACACACACACACACACACUUAGAUUAACCUAUGAUAACUAGCUCUGAGGGUUUGGUCGCUUCAAACUAAUUUACUCCAGUGAGAAACAUAUUGCAGCUGCCGGUGAAAUGACAAAAGAAGCAUUAUGUCAGAUAAUGAUUUGCUCAAUAGGUUCAGUGUGUAUGUGUACAAACCUGCUUCACAGACACACACAAACAUCAAGCACGGCAAAGGUUUUCUCCUGACUGCAUGACCGCCCCCUCUCAUGCAUGCUUCUGCAUGGUAUAAAAUGUUCUUCUGCAUCUUUUUUGAAGUGGAUGAUUUCACACAUUGUGAUGUAUAUAAACACCAGCCCUGUUCUUUUUCACAUUGUAGAUGUGUUCUGUUCUACCUACUGUUAUGUACGACAUGUGCUUAUUUAUUAUUUUUCAUGAAAGAAGCCUGCAGCUCUUGUAGCUGCAUUCUUGGUUUUAGCCGCUCUCUAAAACAUGUUUAUGUAAAGCAUUUGACUGUGUGGAUGUUCAGUGAGUAUUUACACACAUUUUUUCAUGAAUCAGAUUUAAAAGAGCCCUGAAUGUGUUGGUUUUACUCUGGCCAAUCAGAUCCUCUUCUUUUAUGGCGGGGUGACUCCAGAAAAAAACUGUCUAUGACCCAGGACCUUGGUUGAUGAAUGAUUUGAUCACAGCGUUUGUUCUCUAGCUGGUAUAUUUUAAUGUUAUUCGACACAAUGGUCCUAUGUUUGCUGAAUAGCACUCAGUUUUUAUCUGCUGUAGUUUUGAUGUUGUACUUGUUUGCUCUUCUCUUGUAUUCAUGCCAGCGUCAGCUGGUCACUCCAGUGGAGACACAUGGUUUUGAUGUGUCAGUAUGACUGAAUGUGAAACACCUGGGUAUUAAGAUAGCAGACCCUACCCAGAACAUGUACACCCUUAUAGAAAGCAACACACCUGAGUAGAUGAUGGUACAAUACAAACUCUUAGAUUAUAGACACUUCCUUGCUCUUCAUAGCUCCAGCUCUUGGCCUCUUUGCCUCCCAGUAAAGUGUGAUAUAGUCUAGCCUAGCUGCUUCCUUUCCCUACCAGGAACAGUUUAAUACAAGGUUAGGCAAGAACACUGAAAAUACAGCUCCUGAAUACGAACAAUGAAACGUAAAUAUGAAACUGAUGACACUGAAAUGGUGUGGUUGCUACAGUGGUGACACUAACUGGCUUAUUCGUUGAAUGGAACUGUUGCAGACUGCUAACACUCUCUGGACACAGCCGUUGUUAUCUGGGCUGGUCACGCCGAGCCUUUCGCGUUGAUGCCCUUUCCAACCCUCCACCAAUUUGAAAUAACUGUGCUCUGUAACAUUUGAAACACUUUGCCUUUACUUUCAACUUCCUUCCUCCCUUUCCCUCUCCUUUCUUCUCUCCUGUCCUCCACCCCUACCGCCCUCCCCCACCCCUCCCCCCUCCACCCUCGCUCCCCCCCUUUUCUAGCAGCCGCCCCCACCAGAGGAUGUGCCCCCACGGCCCAAAUCUGGUAAUGUUCAGCAAAGGCUGCAAACACUGCGGAUUGCCACGCGCUUUUACUGCGCCAUGAAACACGUAAGAGAUGUAAGAGAACCAGGGCUCAUAUACCAGGCAUGAUCUAUUAAACCAACCUUAUUUUAUUGUCCUUUUUUUUUUUUUGUACGGCCGAGUAUUUUCGUUUUCCCGUCUUCUCCAAACUGAUCCACAUUUAAAGGCCAUAUUUUUAACACUUUCCAUCCAUUACAGUCACUUUCAGCUCAAUCUGUCAGGAAGCUAAGUUCACAAAUGGCACCAAAACUGGAGAGCGAGAAGACUUGGGUUGUUGCAUGAUUGGGAAGAAAAACUGCCUGGUCAAACAAGAAGAGUUAGGAACUCUUCUACAGUCAUUAACUCCAAGUUAAAGAUUGUAGCUCAGUAGUUACACAACAUUUAAUGUGCCGCAGUAAAAAGAAAAGCAUAAUUUCAACAGAAGCCCAAACUAUUGUGUUUAGAUCUGUGGAGAGCCUUAUGAAGAGUUCAAAGCCAUUUAUUUUGUAUAUAUAUACUGUACAUGUAGUGAUUAAGAGGAAGGAUGAGAUUUCCUGGCUCCAGGUCCGGCGUUUUGCUGCAGCCUUUGUUGUCGGGAAUCAAAUCAUUUGGCAGAGGAUGAGCAGAUACUAUUGAAAAGACAUGAGUCAGAGUUGUGAGGGAUAUUGUUUCUCAUGAGUGUGUUGACGAGACUGUGUAGUACGAGCCAGUGAUGCUACGAAGGGUCGGUUAUUUUUAAUAGCCACAGACUCAUGAAGAAAUCAGCAUUAUAGAAACAGUAUUUUUGGCAUCUCUGAGUGAUUGUGGUAAUGACUUUUUCUCAGCUCUUAGUUUGUUGAUAACAAACAAUAGUCCCUGAUAAGAGAGCUACAGAUGUGCCACUUCUUAUUUGCAUGUAACUACUUUCUGUUUGAAUAUUGCAUUUUUAAAUUGUUGUGGAAGAUAAUAAAUGCCUGAAAACAUCAGAAGAACGCAACUGACAAAGACAAAUCUUUAUCAAGGUGUGUGAGCAGCUCAUCUUUGAUACCAAAAGCCUCCUCCAGCUUACAAGAGGCUGAGCAGAAAUGAGAUUGACUUGUUAAGGUCUGAAGAAGGAAUUCACCGGUCAAACAGAUUUACAAGGUUUAUCGACGACCCUCUCUGCCUGCCUCUUAGAUCCGCCUGGUUUUCUGCUGCAUCGGUUACCGUAAAACACGAACAAAGACAGCGAAUGCAUCACUUGAAAACUGCAUUAGACAUAAUGAGCUGGUCAGAAAGAGCGACGGUGUGUGGCGUGGUAUUCAGAGACCCCUACAUAUGAAAGUAGCAACACAUGGAUGAGUGAAAGAGUUGAGGCGUCAUUUAAUUUGACAGGCCUGUUAAAUGUUUCCAAGUUACGUUCACUCCUUGCAGUCAGUCUUCUGUUGUCCUUGUUUACUUUUUAUGUUGCAUCUCUACUCAGUCUUAAAAAGUACAUCCCAUAUUUACUCAAAUCUGAGGUCAAUGUCUGUUUAUAUGUGUGUUAAAAAGUCCUACUCUGUGAUAUGUACCCUGUCCUUAUCUGUGUAAAGAUGUUACAUGUAUGUUGAUGUAUGUAUGUGUGUGUAUGUGAGUGUUGUUAAAGCUCAUUCUAAUGCCAUAGAGUGCUGUUGUGUUGCUGCUCUUCUCCUGCUGCCAUAGAAACUCUGUAGUGGCUAAACUACCGCUGCUGCUCUGUGACCACAUUUCCUGCUCUCUUCCUCUUCCUCAGUGACUCAAAACUAGUUCCUACUCACACAACAGCUCUUCCCCCUGCAGGCUGUGAAGAAAUUCAUCUCAGUAGAUAGGCACUUAAAUAGGAAAAUCCUCCAUUCUGCUUGUGUAUGUAAUAGUGGGAAUCAGUUUCAAAGAUGGAGCUUCACAAAGGUUUUAAGAAAAAGUGUAGAUCGAUACAGCAGUGUGGUAUUUGAGAAGCAUCGUACGUGAAAACACAAUUGUUUAAAUUAAAGAGGGACAAAAUGAUGCUUUUCCAAGACCAACCCAGCCGACAUGAUUAGGUCGUCCUUCUUCCUGACACAAAGAGUAUGGAUCUAUCAGAUGCAUUAACCUCCUCCAGUAUUCUGCACAAGCUACCAGAGUUUGUCCUGUGUUUCACGGUUCGGAUACAUUUCACUGUAAACAUUAUGGAAAAAAAAUGCAAAUUGGUGCAUCAGAUGGAUCUGUACCCUGCCGUGAGCAUGCUGCAUGUACUGUUGUACACAGUCGGAACAUUUAGCUUGGAGAGAGGCCAGCCUUGGUUUGGACAGACUGCCUGUACUUUGUUAGCCAACUCCUUUUCUAACUCUUAUUUGCAGUAUUUGGCCGAAUCAGACAGGCUUAUCUAACAAACCACAGGCUCAGAGCCUCGUUUUUUUUUUUUGGUGUUUCAACAUGCAGGAUUGUCUUGUCAGGCAGUUACAUAUCAACACGUUUUGGACGUGACUAAUUUGUGAGAUUAGCAAUAAUCUUUGUCUUCAUGCAUUUUGAAAUACCCUUAAUUCUUAUAGAGCAAGACAGCGAUAUGCCGUCUUUUAAUCCUGUGUAAUGACAUUUGCAAUGUGUCAAAUUAGUAAUGCACUCUGGGGAAAAAGGAUGAAGAACAAUCCUGCUGGUGUCACUGUUUCGACAGAGAAUUUGGUAACCCUUUCUUUAACGGCACACUUAUUACCAGGUAAUUAACAGGUAAUUACCUAGUAACAACAUGAAACUAUCUGGUAAUUACAUGAUAACUACUAAGUCAAUACUGUCUAGUUUUUCUUUUUUCUUUUUUCUGUGCAGCUCCAUUUUCAAAAGCUAUUUGGGGUUCUUAUUUUCUAAGAUUGACACUUGAUACAGCCUAUGGGCGUGCGAAGAUUGCGUAGCGAUACGCUGUUUGAGCCGAGCGUUAUCACAAUGCUACUGCGCAAGUGGUGGUUCCAGGAAGCGGGUGAAAAUCCUGGAAAUACCAGAGCAAUUCGGCUUCAAAUUUGUAUGAUGAUGGAAGGUUACCUACCUGGUAGCUAGACAGUAUUGACUUAGUAGUUAUCAUGUAAUUACCAGAUAAUUUCAUGUUGUUACUGGGUAAUUACCUGUUAAUUACCUGGUAAUAAGUGUACCGUAAAAGAAAGCGUUGCAGAGAAUUUAUUGCCUUAAUCCCAAAUUUCUCAAAGUCUUAAAAUAUCUUAAAAAAACUUCAACUUUGCAGAAUCAGUUGAUUAAUGUUUACAACAUUAUUAUCCUCGCAAACAAAAAUUUAGGAUGUGAUCUGAGCACCAGAAUUGUGUCAUGUUUUUGCCCAGGUGUUGUACCUCUCAGUGUUGUGGUUUUCACUGUUGUUUAUUUGGUGGCUAAUCUCUGAUGCUAAUGGGCAGGCCAAGGAGCUGCCCACGUACAAGGACAAUGACUUCAUCAAUGAUGGGCAGAAGAUCUACAUCGACGAGGAGAACAAGAAAAUGUUCCUGGAGAAGCUCAGGAAAGAUGUGGAGGUUGGUGUUCACAAUUAAAUUUAUCUUGAAAUGUUGCCCCAAACGCCUCCCUCAGCCCCCCUCUGUGAAAACGCUCCUCUUAUCUUCUCAUCGCUUUUUUAUUUUUUCCAUCUUCUCCCUUCUUCCACCCCCUCUCAGUUCCUGGCCCAGCUGAAGCUCAUGGACUACAGCCUGCUGGUGGGAAUCCAUGACGUGGAGCGGGCCGAGCAGGAAGAGGUGGAGAGCGAGGACAACGAGGCCGAGGAGGAGGGAGAGAGCGACGGAGGGGGCAUCGGGACGCCCCCUGACAGUCCCAGUAACACCCUGGACAGCACCAAGCCUCUGUCACCUGGAGAGUUUGACCCCAGCAUUGACGUCUACGCCAUCAAAUGCAAAGAGAGUCAGUAGACACAUGCAUGUUUUCAGUCUCUUAUGAUCUACAACACAUCAGUGUGAGGGCUCUAUGUAACUACAGUAGUUAGAGCUCCCUCUGCUGGUUACUGAAGUUGUCAUUUCAGCCUCUCAUCUGAUAAGCUUUGCUCCCUCUUUUCGAUUUUGUUGCAUUUUAAGGAUGUAGUUUCACCAUCUCACUCAUUGGGGUUACUUUUUCCACGUACAUAAACAUGCCCUCCUCACCCCCUCAGAGCUGAUCACGCUUCAUAUAAUUCUCAUAUUAUGCGCCUUAUCCCUAAAUCAUUUUGGGUGUGUGUUUUUGAAACUGCAGGUGCUCCUAGGAAGGAGGUUUACUUCAUGGCUGUCAUCGACAUCCUGCAGCAUUACGAUGCCAAGAAGAAAGCUGCGCACGCCGCCAAGACUGUCAAACACGGGGUUUGUCGCUCCAUACGAGACCGAUUUAACCGCGUGAAUAUCGUAAACAUUCGAUUACAAGCAGUGAUCAUUUGUGUUCUCCUUCGCAGGCCGGAGCAGAGAUCUCCACGGUGAACCCCGAGCAGUACUCCAAGAGGUUUUACGAUUUCAUCACCACUAUCUUGUCAUAGCCUCCAGGAGCGACAGGAGGCACAGGGGCACAUGGGAAAAGGGAGGGCAAGCAGGGAGCGAUCUGAGGAGAGAAUUGACGGAGAGAGAAACCAUUGAGGGGGCUGUAUUACGAAGGUGACGGCUUCGUGUCGCUCUCCUCUUCCUCACUCCUUGUUUGUUUCUCCCUCUUCCAGCGGGGUGCCGCGCUCUGCAGCUAAACAAAAACCCAUCAUUCGUUUACAUUUAACCUCUCCUCUGUUGAGUUCAUGUGUUACUUUGGAUGAUAAGGGUGUUAAAAGCAAGUGUCCAAGUCAUUACCUUUUUUUUUUUUUUUUUACAUCAUUUGUGUUUGUUUGUUUUGUUGUAAAUGUGGGAAUACGGCUUUUUAACUGCCUCUAACACAGCAUCCAACAUCCUGCAUUUUUUUUUUUUUAACUUUUUAAAUUUUUCGUUUGUACUUGUGAGGGUUUGGAUGUUUGGGGAGGUAGGUGGACGGAGAACAGGUAGAGGGGAGCGCAGAGGUGAGAGUACGGCACAAAAAAAACGAAGGCUCGAGUGGGGCCUUAUGAGCCUCCUCUAAUGCAAACGCUUCAUUUCAGGAAGGAGGAAGCUGUCUUCCAAUAGGCCAACUGCCUGACCCCCCACCUGAAUGCUCCACGAAUACUAAGCCAAACAAAACUUCACAUUUGAGCCCCCAUUCCAUCACUCGAACCUUCAGACAUCUUCCAGACCCCUCCUGGUCCUUCGUGUAGUUACUGAAUCAAGCUUCUGGGUUAUCCUCUGUGAUGAGUUCACCGAUUCUGACGCUUGUUUUCCAGCUUUUGUUGCACCUCAGUGGUUGUCAGUGUACUUGUAUUGACUCUGAAUACAUCGGGCAUUGUUAUAGUUGGUUUUUUGUUCCUGUGGCGGAGAAUUACCCAGAAGUCCUGUGCGGUUGCAGUGAUUUAAGGUGAAGUCACUUCUCGUUAUAUCUUCGUGGAAGGGUGUCACGUUGAAACAUCAGCAGCCCUUAACUUUCUGUUGCCAUCAGCACCUUAUGAGUGAAAUCAAAACGUUGCACUUUUAUUUGUUAGUAAAGGUUAGGAGUUCUUGUUCUGUUACUCGCCCUGCAGCGAAGAGAAAGAACUGAAUCUGUCGAGGCCUGAUCUCAAACCCUCUGUGUCCAUUAUUUCUCGCUGGUGGGCGCUUCUCAAUGCGGGGAUUGUUCGGGAAGAAUUUACAGCAAUAUUUAAGGGGGAGAGCGGAUGAGUUCUGAUCACAGGGCUUUUUGUAAACUAACCUUUCCGGUCCUUUCUGAGAAGCGCUCCGCCGUGUCGCUAGUAGUGGCGGGGUUUGGGGAGCUAGGCAGCAGUGCGACUCGCGCAUUCAGGGCGGACAGAAGACUGUUUACCUCCAGCAUCGUACCAGCACACACCCAACGAUGGCGAGUGACGUGUGUGUCAGUGUUCAUAAAGAGGGGGGGAGAAAGAAAAGAGGAGAGGAGGGAGGUUGGGAAGAAAAGCGACAUGUUGUUAAAUCAUUAACACCAUCGAGCGUGGUCCUCUUCUUUAACCUCCGCCGUGAGUCUGUUAUUCAUCGUUCGUGUCGUUUAUUGUUGACUUUUUUAAAGGUGGUGUAUCUGUGUUUGAAUUUGGCGGUUUUAUGCAUCGAUGUGGUAACUUUUUUUUUCUUUUGUUUUUUUCUUUUGUAUAUUUUGCACAAGAGGAAAGGAACCAAAUGUUACGAAAUAUGAUCCCAAUUAGUAGAUAUGGUCUUAACAAGGGAAAUGCAAUAUACUUGUAUGUAAGUGAGAAACGUUGUUGUGCGUGUGAUGUUGUGUAUCACUUUCUGAAUAACCAACUAAAACAAGUAAAGUCGUCCUCGUUGGCUAUUCUAACCCAUGCAAAAAGCUUCCACCACGAUGUGUUUGUUUCAAAUCAUAGAUUAUAUUCACAUUUAUAUUUUUACAUUGGAUUUUACUCGUGAAAUAUAGUCGUAUUUAAAAAAAGGAGCCACCCUUUGGAAUGACUGAUGGUGCUGUGGUAAAUGAAGAAUGAUACUGCUUGAAUUUAUAAAAUGCUUACUAUAGAUGUACCUAAAAGAAAAAGGCUUAAAAAAAAAAAUUUGCAUGUCACAGGACUAAGUUUCCUUUCCCUUCUCUUGUCUGUGUUGUCAGGUCCUCUCCGUGUCCCCUCACUUUAACCAGGUCUGUUAGCUGUUCAGCGUAAACUAGUCUCUACCAUGCUUUAAAUAACUGUUUUUCAUUGUAUACACUGUGCAAGAUGUGUGCCUUUAUACUCCAAAAUUAUUUAAUUUUAUAUUUUGUAAUCUUUUUUUAAAACAAAAGUAAAAGGUUAUUUUAAUAAUAGGGUGUUUACUUUGACAUGCGUUGUUUUUCCACCGUUGUGUUCACCCCCUCCCUGCUGCUUUCCACCGUGUUUAAAUUGUUCAGGCAGUAUAAAAUAAAAACCCUUCUGAUGAUUGUGUUUCAACAGACAGAAAGAUUCAACAGCUGUCUCGGGUUUAAAUACAGUGGACGAGCUUCAAUUCUGUAAAUGCAAAUCCAUAAAUCUGACUAUACAGUGUGUGCAGGCGUCUGUUCCUCCUCCCUUUUCCUCCGAGUGAGGUUUGUCUGCUGAUAUUAACCCUGUGUCCCUUUUACGCUGGUCCUGCCUUUAUAAAGAACGUGUGUGUGUGCGUGUAAGUGGAUUGUGGAGUGUGUGUGUGUGUUGUGAUUGUGUUUCGAUAUGCUCCCCCCCCACACACCUCAGGAGUCUGUCAGCAUCUUCAUCCUGUUAUCCCACCUCCCAAAAGGCGCAGUCAUAUUCAGGAAUGUGAUUUUAUUUUGUUUUGGUUUUUUGUCCAAAAUUUCACCCCGAGUUUAUGUACAGCUUUAACGUUCAUGUUUAUUUUUUGUUUGCCUGCGUGUUAUCAGGGAGGCUCUCAGCUGAUAGAUCAUCCUGAGUCAGUGGUUAUUUGAUAUCUCUGUGUUCUUCGCUAUUAAUCAGAUGUUUUGUUUCUGUUGUAGCUCAAACUGUACAUAGAUGGUGUCAUACAGAAAACAUCUCCCAGUCUGAUUUGCUCUGUUUGGCCCUGGAGGCUCACAAACAAACAAGUAGAGAACAGAGCAGUGCAUGCUGGGAGAGGGAGUUUUCCUUUGUUUUGUUUUGGGAAAUUGAACUCUGGCUCUCAUAACGAUGCCAGACUUUUACAGAUGCAAAUGAAUGACGAUAAAUCACACACACCCCCUGCAGCUAAACCUUCAAAUGAAUUAGUCCUCGCUUUAGGGACUCCUCUCAUGAACGCAGCCACCGUUAUCUUGCCAAGAGCAUUUUUGAUCAGUCACAAUUACCCCACACGAGCUUGAAGAACAUUGUGUAACAUGUAAAUGUGUCUGUUCGUCAAAAAAAAAAAAAUACAAUUUUUUUUGUUUGUUUCAUAUUUUUGGGAGAUAGAGCAAAAGUAUGCAUCACUGAGAAGUGAACUUGUGAGUUUUUUUUUUUUAAGUGUUUAAGGGAAAGUUUGAUCACAAAUGCAAAAAUAACCAGAGGCCACGCAAAAUUUGCAAAGAUGGAAAAAAAUUUCUUCGGCUUAAAAAAAAUUGCAACUCUACAAAUUUCUGUCGCAAAGAACAACAACAACAAAAAAAGAUAAAGCACUUCAGUCCUUUGCAUGUAAAGUUGAGUCUAAACGCACCAGGCCAAGAAAAAAAAUCCCUCUUGCAAUGAAGCUUCGGCCUCAACACAGUCCAGAGUCCAUUAAGACCACUUCUAAAAAUAAAAAAAAAGACACAAUGGCUACAUUACUCUGUGUGUGAGUGUGAGUGUGUGUGAGAAAGAGAGUGUGUGUGUGUGUGUUCAUUGCUGUUUGACAAUGGUUUAUGAGAGUUCCCUUUCAGUUGCAGAGGGGCCAAAAUGUUGAUGUCUGUGUAUUGGUCUUCACAUUUAAUGAUAAUAAUAAUAAUACACUCCAUUCCAUAAGCGUUCACUCAAAACAAUUAAAGCACUUGUUCUGCUUAACUCCAAGUCUA